UCCCAAGGCUUGCAGAGCUCAGCACUCGUCCUGCCGGCCACUCGUGAUGGCUCUCCGCCUCCUCCUGCCGCUGCUCCUGCUGGCUGCUGCCCUCCUGGUCUACGUGGCUCAAGGCAUUGGCAGCCCAGCCUCUGACUGCUGCCUGAAGUACAGCCAGAACAACAUCCCACCUGGCCGGGUCAAGUCCUACAGCCUGCAGGGACCUGAAUCGGGCUGCCUGCUGCGCGCAGUCGUGUUCACCACCAGGAAGAACAAGAAGCUCUGUGCCUCCCCGACUGACCGCACCGUCCAGGGGCUGAUGCAGAAGCUGGACAAGAAGAAAGCGCAGUCCACGGCGUCACGGAGGAAAGCAUCGCGGCAGAAGGGGCAGCGCACCUAGGUCGGCCCUGAAGAGGACGGACGCCUUCCCCACGGACGGACUGCCUGGACACGGACACCUGGAGAGCGCCGGAGGCCGGCCCCGGCCGGGGCGAGGCCGGGCCAGCCGAGGGGGCUGCCCCCCUGCCCCGCGGCCCCCCCGGCGCUGCCGCCCCUGCCGCCGAGUCGCCCCCGCCGCGGUCCCGGGCUUUCCGCAACGGCGGCCCCCGCGCCCCCAGGACGCCGCCGCACCGGGGAGCGCUGCCCCGGCGGCUGCGCCAGCUCCGGGGGCGCCCGGCAGGAUGGCAGCUUUUCCUUCGACUGUUUGGGGAGGGGGGUUAUACGUUUGUAUUUAUAUUUAAAGACCGUGCUUUCACUCAGUCUCCCUGGAGGGCUCUACUUUUGCCUCCUUGUACUUUUUACAGAGUAUCCUUUAUACCAUAGGCUAGCUUUUCUGGAAGAUUACUCCUAUUUUUGUACCGAAUAAACCACGGCUGCGUCUCACAUCCCUCCAGCCCGGUUGCUCCUUUCGGGCUUGCUGGGCUGCGGGGCGCGGGGCAGGCUCCGCGUCCCCCCGUCCCCGGGCCUCCUCGCAGAGCAGUCAGUACCGGCGAGAGCGGGAGUCUAGCGACAGCGGGGUGACGGGGUGGCUGCGUUUGGGGGCUGCGCUGGGGUUUCUCUUCAGCUCUUACAGCGCACUGUUGCAGUGUAGGUUGGUGAAAGAUAGUCAGGAUUUGUCUGCACACCCUUUUGAUUUUUUUUUUAAAUGCUUUUUUUUGUUAUUAUUUUAGUAUGAAAUUGUAAUUCAAUUAGAACAAAUGUUCUUUUUGGUGGAAUUUAUUCCCCCUUGUUUUUGCUAUUGUCAGACGUUCAUUCUUAAGCCUUGCCUUCAGGAAAAAAAAAGACACUUUCACACUUUUAUCCCAAAUCUAAAAUGCCCGCACGUGAAAACUGUGCAUGAAGCAAUGCAGGUGGAGAAACGGAACAGUUUGCAAAAUUCAUUGCAAACACACCACAGUUGUGUGUAAAUCUUUACUAAAAUAAGGAGUCACUAACCCAGAGACACCAUGAAGCGAGACCGCAGGGAGUGAGGAGACAGGUCCUGGGAGCAGGGCUGACGGGGUCAUGGCACCUACCCGUGUUUGCAAAAACCCCUCCAGUUUGCCGAGAAGGAGCCAUUUGAAGGGUCCUAAGGCAGCUGCAGUGCUAUUCGCUUGCAGAGACUUCGGACGUGGACUUUGGUCAAUUAAGGUCUAUUAAGUUGUAUAAUUGCGAUAAUAGAAUUUGCAGGGCUUAACAAUAUCAGCAAAGGCUGCGUGUUGGCUGGAGAAAGCUUGUAGCUGAGUGUUUCUAUCAAAUACGUUUAUCUGGCUUGAUUGCUUUAUUGGGCGGGUGUUUAAGUGUUCUUUAAAGACUGUAUAAAGAAACUGUGAAGUCUGAGAUACUGGUCUGGAGGUAAGGACAGGCGCCGAGCUUGCUCCGCGCUGCGCUCUGCUGCACGUGGGAGCCCGCGUCUGCCCGCCAGUUUUGAGACAAGAUAUAAAGCAAUAAAAACAUACUUUCAACCAA